AGGGGGGGCCGGGCUUGGCUCAGCGAGGCCCAUGCAUUCCAGAGAGCCGAGCGAGCUAGAGCAACAAAGGAGCGGGUAGUCGGCGGGGAGAACUCGGGGGGCUGCGGCGCGCUCGGGCGAAGGUGGCUGCUGGGCCGCGGGCUGGCGCGGGGGCGGAGCCGGAGACGCAGUCCCGAACCCUCGGCCUGCGCCAGCCUCCCUCGCUCGGCCGGGAGUUGGUUUUAACGGUGGGAGAGGGAAUGGGGUUGGGGAUUGGGGGUCCAGAGGGGUCCCGGGGCUGAAGACAACUCGGAUUGCCAGGCGAGGGGCUGGGGAAUUGUGCAUCCCGGCCCGGGCCUCUGCAGCCCAACAUGGGCCCCUGGUUCCAAAGUUUGCGAAGUUGGGCGCCGAGGGGCCGUGGCGCGCGGAGCGUCCGGGGAGGCCCGGGCCCGGACUUGCGGGGCGCACAGGUCGCCUGAGCCGCCUCCGCGGCCCCGAGGGUUGCGCGUGUGGCCUGGGGGCUCCGGGGAGCGGGCGGGGGCGCCGGGGCUUCUGCUGAGUUGGCGGGUUUGGCCAUGGCCGCUGCCCGCCCCGCGCGGGGGCUGGAGCUCCCGCUCCUGGGGCUGCUGCUGCUGCUGCUGGGGGGCCCGGGCCGGGGGGCGGCCUUGAGCGGGAACGCGACUGGGUCUGGGCCGCGGAGCGCGGGCGUGAGCACGAGAAGGAGCGGGGCCGUGACUGGCCCGCCGCCGCUGCUGAGCCACUGCGGCCGGGCAGCCCCCUGCGAGCCGCUGCGCUACAACGUGUGCCUGGGCUCGGCGCUGCCCUACGGGGCCACCUCCACGCUGCUGGCUGGGGACUCGGACUCCCAGGAGGAAGCGCACGGCAAGCUCGUGCUCUGGUCGGGCCUCCGGAACGCCCCCCGCUGCUGGGCAGUGAUCCAGCCCUUGCUGUGUGCCGUGUACAUGCCCAAGUGCGAGAAUGACCGGGUAGAACUGCCCAGCCGCACCCUGUGCCAGGCCACCCGAGGCCCCUGUGCCAUCGUGGAGAGGGAGCGGGGCUGGCCGGACUUCCUGCGCUGCACCCCUGACCACUUCCCUGAAGGCUGCCCGAACGAGGUACAGAACAUCAAGUUCAACAGUUCGGGCCAGUGUGAAGCGCCUUUGGUUCGCACCGACAACCCCAAGAGCUGGUACGAGGACGUGGAGGGCUGCGGGAUCCAGUGCCAGAACCCGCUGUUCACGGAGGCGGAGCACCAGGACAUGCACAGCUACAUCGCGGCCUUCGGGGCGGUCACGGGACUCUGCACACUUUUCACCCUGGCCACAUUUGUGGCUGACUGGCGGAACUCGAAUCGCUACCCUGCUGUGAUUCUCUUCUAUGUCAAUGCGUGCUUCUUCGUGGGCAGCAUUGGCUGGCUGGCCCAGUUCAUGGACGGCGCCCGCCGGGAGAUCGUCUGCCGUGCAGAUGGCACCAUGAGGCUUGGGGAGCCCACCUCCAAUGAGACCUUGUCCUGCGUCAUCAUCUUUGUCAUUGUGUACUAUGCCCUGAUGGCUGGCGUGGUCUGGUUUGUGGUUCUCACCUAUGCCUGGCACACCUCCUUCAAAGCCUUGGGCACCACCUACCAGCCUCUCUCGGGCAAGACCUCCUACUUCCACCUGCUCACGUGGUCACUCCCCUUCGUCCUCACUGUGGCGAUCCUUGCUGUGGCCCAGGUGGAUGGGGAUUCUGUGAGUGGCAUCUGUUUUGUGGGCUACAAGAACUACCGAUACCGUGCCGGCUUCGUGCUGGCCCCGAUUGGCCUGGUGCUCAUUGUGGGAGGCUACUUCCUCAUCCGUGGAGUCAUGACUCUGUUCUCCAUCAAGAGCAACCACCCUGGGCUGCUGAGUGAGAAGGCUGCCAGCAAGAUCAACGAGACCAUGCUGCGUCUGGGCAUUUUUGGCUUCCUGGCCUUUGGCUUUGUGCUCAUUACCUUCAGCUGCCACUUCUAUGACUUCUUCAACCAGGCUGAGUGGGAGCGCAGCUUCCGGGACUACGUGCUGUGCCAGGCCAAUGUGACCAUCGGGCUGCCCACCAAGAAGCCCAUCCCCGACUGUGAGAUCAAGAAUCGCCCUAGCCUCCUGGUAGAGAAGAUCAACCUGUUUGCCAUGUUUGGAACUGGCAUUUCCAUGAGCACCUGGGUCUGGACCAAGGCCACGUUGCUCAUCUGGAGGCGCACCUGGUGCAGGUUGACUGGGCAGAGUGAUGAUGAGCCCAAACGGAUCAAGAAGAGCAAGAUGAUCGCCAAGGCCUUCUCCAAGCGGCGUGAGCUGCUGCAGAACCCUGGCCAAGAGCUGUCCUUCAGCAUGCACACGGUCUCCCACGACGGGCCCGUGGCGGGCUUGGCCUUUGACCUCAAUGAGCCCUCAGCUGAUGUCUCUUCUGCCUGGGCCCAGCAUGUCACCAAGAUGGUGGCUCGGAGAGGAGCCAUCCUGCCCCAGGAUGUGUCUGUCACCCCUGUGGCAACCCCAGUGCCCCCAGAGGAACAAGCCAACCUGUGGCUGGUAGAAGCAGAGAUCUCCCCGGAGCUGCAGAAGCGCCUGGGGCGGAAGAAGAGGAGGAGGAAGAGGAAGAAGGAGGUGUGCCCCCUGGGGCCACCCCCGGAGCUGCACCACCCUGCCCCUGCCCCCAGUGCUGUUCCUCGACUGCCUCAGCUGCCCCGGCAGAAAUGCCUGGUAGCAGCAAGCACCUGGGGCGCUGGGGAACCCUGCCGACAAGGGGCCUGGACCCUGGUCUCCAACCCGUUCUGCCCAGAGCCCAGUCCCCUGCAGGAUCCAUUUCUGCCCAGUGCUCCGGCCCCCACGGCCUGGGCUCACGGCCGCCGGCAGGGCCUGGGGCCCAUUCACUCCCGCACCAACCUAAUGGAGGCCGAGCUCAUGGAUGCAGACUCGGACUUCUGAGCAGGUGACAGGAAAGACAGGAGCAAAUAUGUUCUGAGGCUCUUCCUCCUCCCUGAGAGUGCUUCCCUAGGAUCUUGUCUUCCCGAGAACCUGUGGGCCAGGUGCCCUCCAAGGAGAGUUCCGUGUGUCUGGCUCAAAGCAGCAGGACUGUGGGAAAGAGCCUAACAUCUCCACAGGCGGCCUCUCCCCAGCGGCAGGGCUCUGGAGCUCAGGGCCCUUGUGACCACCCUGCCAGCUGGAGUCUGGCCGGCAGCAUCAAUCUCCAACAGGGUCAUGGGGUACACAGAGCUUGUGGUGGGGCAGUAAUGGCCGAGGCAGGGGCAAUGCUACCUGGAGUGUGCUGUGGUGCCCAGGGAGGCAGCCAAGCCUAUGUCCAUCAGGUGAGGGCUGCCUGCCCUUUUCUGGGCCGAUGGGUGUCCUUGCCUGGCACUCUCAGACCAAAAGUGUUUAUUGUGUCAUUAGUCUUUUGUCUAAGUAGGGGCAGGGCUCUCCCUCUUCUAGGUGGUUGUGGGGCUGGAAGUGCCUACUCCCACAGGGGCCAGAACCUCUCCUGACAGGUGGCCCUACUCCACACCCACCCUCAGUUCUCCUCCGUCCUCUUCCCCUCUCCCAUUUCAGUUCAGCCAGGCCAACCUCCUCCUGUUCCUGUUUGUUGAUUAAGACCCAGAAUGGCAGCACACCCCUCCCACCCCCACCUUGCCACUCCGUCUCCAGGUGAGAGAUUGGUUCAGCUCUGGCGCCUCGGCCUGGAGUGGGAUGGAAGCAAUAAGUGACAGGACCUCAGAGAGACAUGUGUUAUCUCUUCCUUGUACCCAUUCAGUGGAGGAGGGGGUCCUCUUGACUUGAAGGGCUAACCUGGGAAGCAGCUGUAGCUUUAGCCAGGCAGGAAAGCUUCCUUCAACUUCCACAACCGGUGGGUGAGGACAUCACCACCUUACGUAACCUCCAACCAUGUCCCCAAAGCCCCACUUUCAAGAACCAGACAGCAGGAAGCCGUAGAAGCUGGCUGGGUUCCCCGCUGGGGGAUAGAAAGGGGGAAAAGAAAUAUAAGCAGUAAAUAAAACAUUUUUGUAUAAA